UAAAGCUCGUGGGCCUCGUGGUUUAGCUUAAGAAUAAUCAAACCAAAGAGAAAGAGGAUCAGGGAGCAAUCUUCCUCACAACCUCGAUCUAGAAUUACUCCGCACUCCACACUACUCAGUCUACUCCACACGAGCAAAAGUCAACCAAAGCUCAUAGCUCCGUUUCCAUCGCAUUCCUCUUCCAUCCCUCCAUCAAUCCAAGAACACGCAGACGCGAACACCAUGAGCUGGUCCGACCUGCCAGCCGAGCUCGUAGCCGGGAUCGCCGACAGGAUCACCGAGCAUGCGGACCUCGCGCGCUUCCGCUCGGUGUGCCCUUCUUGGCGCUCGGCCUCGGCGGAGCACGCCGCCCGCCGCCGCGUGCCCCUGCUCCUCCUGCCCUCCCAGCAGAACUCCCGCGUCAACCGCCGUCUCUGGUCCCUCGCCGACGACAGCAUCACGGAGAUCCCCAUGCCCGCAGCGUGCGGCCGCUCCUUCCUCUUCGCCUCGCCGCGCGGCUGGACGCUCGCCGUGGCCGACGACUUCUCGGCCACGCUGCUGCACCCCUUCACGGGCGCGUCGGAGAGCCUGCCCGCGUUGCCGCCAUCCUUCCACGACGGGUAUCAGAUGAUCCUCCGUGACAUGGUCUGGGACCGGUCGCCUGACGCCGUCAUGGUCUCGCAGGGUAAGGGCGCGUUCUUCUGCCGGCUGCAGGGCGACGGCAGGUCGUGGACCCCCGCCGACCUCUCGCCGCCAGCUCGCGUCGGCAGCAUCACCUACUGCGACGGCGCGUUCUACCUCCUCGACAAGCGCGCCAACAAGGUAACGGCCGUGGACGGCGCGACCUUCGCCGUGGUCGCCGCGAUCGAGCCGCCAGAUCUGGUGAUGCCCGACCGCUCGUGGGUGCGCGAGUCCACGCUCGUCGUGUCGUCCGCUUCCGAGCUCCUCCUCGUCGUGCACGGAGGAUGCCACCGCUCGAAGGGCCUCUUCAAGGCCUUUCGCGCGGACCGCGGGAGCCUGGCGGCCGGGUGGUCGGAGGUCGGCGGCGGCGGGCUCGGCGACCGCGCCGUGUUCGUGGACCACGUCCGCGGCUUCUGCGUGGAGGCGAACGGGGUGAACGGGGUGCGGAGGAACUGCGUGUACGUGGCCAGCGCGCACGAGGAGGCCAACGCCAACUCCGGGUGGGGCGACUGGGGGAGGUAUACCGUCUCCAUGCUCGACCUCGACGGCCUCACCACGUCCCAGAAUCUCUCCCACGGCAACCUCUUGAAAUGCCUGCACGGUAGGCAGCGCCCUUCCUGGUCGAUGCCAAAUCUGCAUUGACCUUGCUCCUCCAAACGAAAAAAACUACGUGUGCGAGUUGAUCGCAUUGAGGUUGGUUGCAGUAAUAAGCAGAGCUGCCAGUUCGUCUACUAUUCUAGUUUUAACUUGCGCUACUUUGUCGGGCUUGUUUUAUUCUACGAGAAGUGAAAGAUCUAGCUUCAGUUACGAGAAUUUGAUUAUCAAAUGUGUCACCGUGUUCCUAAGGGCAUGCCCAACGCAACAGGCUGGAGGGAUGCCUCAGCUCUCCACGUCGGCUCGGGUGGUCCUCGAUUGCUGUUCGUGCUGCUUGCAGGCUAAAGGGGGAUCUGCAGAGGAGGCCGUCUCCUUCCUGCCAAAAGUGGAGCGAGGCAAAAAAAGAAGAGAGGAAGCUGAAGGAAGCGUGGGGCUGAGAUCUGGUAAAGCAGGAGAGAGAAAUAUGAAUAGUAAAAAAGUUGGCCUGCUGAGGCUAGUGCUGCGUUGGGCAGUGGAUUUUUGGACGGUGGUUUCCCUGCUAAUUUUCUACGUGGCAAUGGUGAGGCAUUAGGUAGGUAGUGCUUCCAUUGUACAUGCCCUAACAAAGUACGUACAGUACCAGCCUUUGUAUCAGUGUAUGUAUGUUUCUCUU